UACCCAGCCCCCCAUGCCCUGACUCCUGAACCCCCCCCACAUCCCCACUCCCAUCCUGAGCACCAAAUGUGAGCGCCUGCACCCCUCGCACAAAACAGGAGCGGCCCCAGGUAAGCGCUCCACACCCCAACCUUCUGCCCCAACCCUGAGCCCCUUCCCUCAUCCUAGCUUCUGGCCAGACCCUGCACCCCAAUGUAUUUUUUACAACAUUAGGAAAGAUCAAAAGUGGUCCGAAAGAGACCCUCUGCAAUUUUCAAGUGGUCUGUAGAAAAAUAAGUUAGACUACAAGAACAAUCAAGGUUCAUAUUGAGAUCCAUUGACUUGUGACUUGCUGUGCUUGUCUGUGCUGCAACUAGGGUUAAUAAUAUUCUGUAUUACUGUUUAACAAAAUGCAAAGUUUGAAGGACAGAAGAGCUAUGACUGUCUCCCAUAUGAAUAUGGAGGAGGAAGACGUUUUAAACCAUGAACAUUUAAGUGAAAGUGGCCCAAAUAGCCAAAAUGAGAUCCUUCACCUUCCAGACGUAUGUUCCUUGUUGAAGAAUUCUCAAGUUGAUGUUAAUAGUAGCUUACAAAAAGAAUUCUUUUCUCUUAAGAUCAGGAAUUGUUCUUUAUUUAAGGCUGUACCUUUGCCUCAUAUUGGCAAGAAAAUGCCUCCUCAUUUGAGUGAACCAACAAGGUUAAAUUUAAGUGCAGUUGUCUCUUCAAAGGAUUCAUCUCAUCUGCUCUUUUCACCUGAGAGAGGACGACUUGAUAAGAUUUUUAACCACUUUGAUAGUACUUCUGUGACAGAUUGGCUGGAGAAAGCAUAUAAUUCCAUUAGUGACUUGAGUGUCUGGUGUUGCACUGGAGAUAACUUUGUACAUUUUGCACAUUUCUGGCUGUCAGAGCUACAGUACAAUCAAAAAAGGCAAUUGUUGGAAUUAGAAAUGGGUAUUAUUGAGGAUGAAUUGCAACUUGCAUUUCUGGAGGCGUUGGAUUCUGAACUGCAACCUUCUGAUCUGCAUUCCAUCCUUGCUGCCACAUUGAGUGAAUAUCCUAUGGGACUACUGAGCAGCCAGAAACCGUAUAUUUUCCUUGACUAUUUAAACGUCAUGUCUUCAGAGCAAACAACUGCAUAUAAAAAAAUGCUUUCAAGUAUAAAAUAUACAACAAAUAAUCCUCAGGUAACACAGUGGCUACUAGCUGUACGAGCUUUUGCACUAGCAAAUCUCUGGCAUGCAGUAGUGAAGUUUUAUAAGGCAUUGGUCAGUACCAAGCUCGUUCCUGAACUACAUAUCAAGAGUUCUGUUUCUGCUACUACAAAGCAAACAAACGAAGUGGUUAAAGAAAGAGCUCUACACAGUGUCCAGCUGGGAUAUGCUGAUGUCUUGCAUUAUCUUAUUAUAAACCAGAAGCUGGACCUUGGUGCAGUAGAUGAAAAAGAUCGAAAUCUCAUAUUUUUAGCCACUAUAUAUGACCAACCAAAGAUACUGGACUAUUUUCUUGACAUGGGACUUCCCAUACCUGAUGUAAACCACGCAGCAGAAAAUGGAAACACACCACUCCAUGCUGCAGUGAAUACUGGAAAAAUGCACCUUGUAUCUUUGCUGCUGCAUUAUCCUGGAAUUAAUGUGAAUUUCCCAAAUCCCCAGUGUGAUGGAGCUACUGCACUACAUCUUGCUAUUGUCUAUGGGUACUUGGGUAUUUGCUAUUUAUUGCUGAAUGCUGCAGCUGAUGUGGAAAGUCCUCUGGGAGAUCUAACACCUGUGCAACUUGCUGAGAAUUUUGGUAAUGAAACUAUAACUAAGUUCAUAAAGAUGCAUGUUAAAAAAAUGAAACUUGAAAAUAAAAUGUUUGCCUGACUAUGUAAAGCAUAAUAGCAUUUUCCAAUGUAUCUAUUUUAAUUUUGUACAUUACACCUAUUUUAAACUUUUGACAUUACAGUGCUGCUUUUAUCUGAGACAUGGCAGCUUGCCAACAUUAGUUUUUAGUGGUAAAUUCUGCUAUGCAGACCUGAAAGUUUUAUAUCUUAGGCCACUUCCUUCUGUUGUUUUAUCCUCUUCCUGGUUUUGGCUGUUCUCAACCAAACAUAUAAAUGAAAGGGUACAUAUAACCUCCUGCAUAUUAAAGCUGACACUGUUUAGUUUUUAGGUAUAAAAAUACAGAGAAUAUUGAUGUCAGUUGUAUUAACACAGUGAAUCAUAUUUUUACACUGUUAUAAAUUUGAGAUGUUCAUCAA